AUGUCGUUGGAGGCCAUCAAGUUCGACCCGCAGAGGGUGACGCUGGAGAUUCUGAACCAGCUGCUGGUCCCGUACGAUACGCAGUACCUGGCGGUUGGCAGCAUGGCGCCAUGCGACGCCGACGCGUCGUUUUCCGGGUACGAGGCCAUCAAGGGCAUGUACACCAGAGGAGCGCCGGCCAUCAUGCUUGUGGGGUGUUUUUCCGUCGUUGUGGAGCUGGACCGGGUGAUCAACAAGAACGACAACCCCUUUGGAUACAACACAGGCGAUCUGGCGGAGUUCAAGACCCUCCUGGAGCAGAGAAUAGACCUUCUGGUGCAAUCCAGACCAACGGCCGUCAACCUGCUCAAUGGCUGCAACGAGAUGAAGAAAAUCAUCCGGGACGCACACAGCCUCAAGGAGCUUUACUCUGGCCUGUUCGACUUCACCGUCAAGCUGUACAAAGACGAUCUGGAGUCGAACUUCUCCAUAGGAGCAAACGGGGUGAAAUACAUCUACGAGGAGCUGGAGAAAGAGGGCUUUACGGGCGACUUUUCCGUGAUGACCAUCUGCAACACGGGCUCGCUGGCCACGUCCGGCUACGGAACUGCUCUGGGUAUUAUUCGGGCGCUCCACAAAGAGGCCCAGUCCAACGCGACCAAAAUGAGCCAUGUGUACGCCUGCGAAACCAGACCGUACAACCAGGGCUCGAGAUUGACCGCGUACGAGCUGCAGUACGAGAAGAUUCCGUUCUCUCUCAUCACAGACAACAUGGUGUCGUUUUUGGUGGACUCGCUGGCACGCCAAAAAACCGAUCGAUCGCUGCCAAGCCUGGCCCCAAUUAAAUUUAUCAUCGUGGGAGCAGACAGAAUAGUGAAGAAUGGAGACCUCGCCAACAAAAUCGGCACUUUCCAGCUCUCGCUGAUUGCGUCGCUGUACCCGUCGAUCAAGUUCGUUGGAGCGGCCCCUACCACGACGAUCGACUUCACCAGAAACACCGGAGACGAGAUCGUGAUCGAGCAACGGCCAAAGAAGGAGCUGACAGAAAUUAUGGGAGCAGCGGUCGACAAGGACGGCUCUUUUGUCCAGGGCAAAGACGGCGUCCAGCUACAGAAAGUCAGAAUGGCGCCGGCUGGCAUAGACGUGUGGAACCCGUCGUUCGACGUGACGCCGCACGAAAAUAUCGACUGUAUCGUGACGGAGAAAAAAUAUUUUCUGAAAAAAAACGGGGUGUUCAAUCUCGAAUAA